ACAUCGACGUGAAGGAAGCAUCGUCCCCUGUAGACCAAAUGCUCUCAGACGGAUUGGGCAGCGAUCAACUAAAUUCAGUAGAAGAAAGCGUUUCCAACAAAAAGAAGAGGAGGUGGAAAGACUACGCAGGCAAUUGGGUUGAAUGGAUACCCAAUGUUCAACCUUUUUUAGAGCCCAAUUAUCAAAAUUACCAGUUUUAAGUCGUAUUGCAUCUGUUUUCAGUUCGGAGGAUGACCAGAGGGAAGCUGAAGACGCACAAGAAACGAGAGGACAACACACCAAGGAUUUUGACGGAAUGGAACAUUUGGAAGAAUCAACAGUUUUUUAUAAUCACGAUCGAAAUAGUAAUGAAGGUUAUGGAGACCCCAAUAUACAGGAAAGAUCUAUCACCACGGAAGAUGAACACAUCAGAUAUGGCUUGUUGAAUCCGCUCAGAAAAGAUAAAAUAUCGAAGUUGCUGCUAUACAAUGACAAUAUAACGGUGUUAGACUCAAGAAAGAAGAGAUCUUUUAUUGAUACGAAAGAAAGCUUGCAAGAUCUAACCAAUUAUUACGAAUACUCUGGAGAUCCAGUGUUUUUACAGAAGCGUGCGGAGAAGGUAGCAUCUUCCUUGGACGACAUGGAAGUCAUGGAGAUCUCUAACGCCCUCGAGCAUAUGGUGGAUACGAAAUACCAAGUGGAUACGCCAUCUAGCAAUACGAUAGAGGGGCCAAUCGAUGAGCUCAUAACGUCGAUUCCUGAGCUGAUGACAACUGAAGAACUACAUUUCACUCCUCGUAUUCUCAAUGUCGAGGAAGAGUUUUCAGAUGUUCUGAGUAUAGAGGAAUGUUUGGAUACUACGCUACCGCCCUCCACUGAAUCAACUGUGCCUUCCUACCUCUUGACCGAAAUCUCCCAGAUAACCGAAAAAGCCUAUCCGGUUGUUACCACCUUGGACGACCUGAUAGCGACUGCGCCUGUGCAUACUCCUUACAUACCGGAGUCGCUUGAAACUGAUAGAAACUUCGUGGAAGUAUCUCGCGAGGUCGAACUUGCCGAGGCCGCCACCGCGAUGUUCACGACGUGUAAGGAGACAGUAGAGGUUGAAAGCAACCAGCAACCAAUUUACGUUCACAAACUGAGUCACGAUGAAGUCAAGCAAAAACUUGCGAAGUUAUCAGAUCAGGUUAUGUACCCUAGCGAAAUUGAAACCAUGAAGCCGGGAGAGGAAGUAGAAGAAGAGGGGAAUGUCGAUGACAUCGUUGAAACCGCUCCCGCAGUCCACCAUACUCAUUCAGCUACCGUUCGAUGUCACGGGGUUACGACGAAACCUUUAAAAAUAAGCGAAGAGUGUAAACAGAACGACACCGAAUAUUAUGUGGACAUAGUCAUACCCUACGAUACUGAUGAGCAACAGCAAUACAUUGAUCGUUUUGUAAAAAGGGAAGAACCUGCGAACGCUGAUGUUCUCAGUUCACCCAGGAGGGAACAGAGAAAUGGAGCAGAAAGGCGAAUCUCGAAGGAAUCUGCAUGGCCGGAACAUCGCGAGUAUGGCUCAUCAGAGUCAACUAAGAAGGAACUCGAAGGUCUCUCCGAGUGGAAUUCAGAGGACAGACGGAUCUGGAACGAAAUGAAAUGGCCAACGCACCGAAUAUUUACCAAAAGCGUAGUUGACGUAUUUACACCCACUGAGAAAGAUAUCGAGGAUUCCAGAGACAACUCAGAAGAUUUUGAAGAACCAUCCAAAGACAAUUCAGAAGAUCUUCUGGUGGAAAGCAAAGAACUUGCAGACACUGAUGUCCCCACUCUCCCCAGUAGGGUACAGAGAGAUGAAGCAGACAGGCAAAUCUGGAAGAAAUUCGCACGGCCAGAGCACCGCAAGUAUGACUCAGAGUUAGCUGAGAAGGAAAAAGAAGGUAUCUCCGAGUGGAAUUCAGAGGACAGACGGAUCUGGAACGAAAUGCAAUGGCCAACGCACCGAAUAUUUACCAAAAGCGUAGGUGACGUAUUUACACCCACUGAGAAAUAUAUCGAGGGUCCCAGAGAAAACUCAGAAGAUUUUGAAGAACUAUCCAAAGACAAUUCAGAAGAUCUUCUGGUGAAAAGGAAAGAACCUUCACACGCUGAUGUCCCCAGUCUCCUCGGGAGGGUACAGAGACAUGAAGCAGACAGCCGAAUCUCGAAGGAAUCCUCAAGGCCAGAACAUCGCAAGUAUGAUUCAUCAGUAGAGAAGGAACUCGAAGGUCUCUCCGAGUGGAAUUCAGAAGACAGACGGAUCUGGAACGAAAUGAAAUGGCCAACGCACCGAAUAUUUACCAAAAGCAUAGGUGAAGUAUUUACACCCACUGAGAAAUAUAUCGAGGGUCCCAGAGAAAACUCAGAAGAUUUUGAAGAACUAUCCAAAGACAAUCCAGAAGAUCUUUUGGUGAAAAGGAAAGAACCUUCACACGCUGAUGUCCCAAGUCUCUCUGGGAGGGUACAGAGACAUGAAGCAGACAGCCGAAUCUCGAAGGAAUCCUCAAGGCCAGAACAUCGCAAGUAUGAUUCAUCAGUAGAGAAGGAACUCGAAGGUCUCUCCGAGUGGAAUUCAGAAGACAGACGGAUCUGGAAUGAAAUGAAAUGGCCAACGCACCGAAUAUUUACCAAAAGCGUAGGUGGAGUAUUUACACCAACUGAGAUAAAUAUCGAGGGUUCCAGAGAAAACUCAGAUUUUGAAGAACUAUCCAAAGACAAUUCAGAAGAUCGUUUGGUGGAAGGGGGAGAACCUAAACACGAUGAUGUGCUCAGUCUUCCCAGGAGGAUACAGAGAGAUGAAGCAGACAGGCAAAUCUUGAAUGAAUUCAACUGGCCAGAGCACCGGAAGUAUGACUCGUUAGAGUCGAGCGAGAAGAAACUUGAAGGUAUCUCCGAGGGGGAUUCAGAAGACAGGCAGAUUUGGAAAGAGUUCAAUUGGCCAGAGCAUCGGAUAUAUACCAAGAGCGUAGGUGAAGUAUUGACAACCACAGAGAAAGAAAUCGUGGGGUCAGAAGAUAGGCAGAUCUGGAAGGAAUUCAAAUGGCCAGAGCACAGAGAAUAUACCGAGAGCUUGAGUGGUAUCACCGAGAGUGGUAUCACCGAGAGUGAUAUCAGAGAACUGUCUGGAGAAAAUUCGGAUGACAGACAAAUCUGGAAGGAGUUCAAAUGGCCAGAGCAUCGGAAAUAUACGAAAAGUGUGGGUGGAGAUUUGGCAACCACUGAAGAAAAGAUCGAAGUAGUUUCUGAGGAUAACUCGGAAGAGUUCGAAGAACUAUCCAAAGACAAUUCAGGAGAUAGGCAAAUCUUAGAGGAAUUCAAAUGGCCUGAACACCGGAAAUAUACCAAAAGCAUAGAUGAAAAAUUCAUAGUAACAGAAAAAGGCAUCAAAGAAGAAACUUCAGACGAUAGACAGAUCUGGAAAGAAUUCAACUGGCCAGAGCAUCGGAAAUAUACUUCAGGCAUAGGUGGCGCUCUGACUACCACUGAAAUCGACUUGGAUUUCGAUAGUGACUCGGCACAUUUCGCUAAAUCUUCAAUAGAAAAUUCAGAAGAUAGACAAAUCUGGAAGGAGUUCAAUUGGCCAGAACACAGGAAUUACGAAAAAGAAAGAAUUUCGUUGAAAGGAGCAACGUCCAGUUACCAGAGCAUCGAAUCGAACAAAAACCUCUUGGAAAAAUUCAACGUGCAAUCCAAGUUCAAAGAAGGCGGAGAUACCAGCAAAACCGAAGAAUGGGAGAAGUUUAACUUUCAUUCUUCCAAAGAUAAUUCUGGAUUUAUAGAUGUACCGUCAAAACAUAAAGUUGCAAUUCCGGGUGCUACAAACGAAGUCCCUUUAGACGAAAGCGAGAAGUUAGAAUUAUCCCUGAAGAAGAUCAAGGAAGAAGCUGAAGGAACCACUUCUUCCUUCGCCAAAGAAACCUCUGGGCCCCACGUCUUGGAAACAGGUCUUUGGGACGAGCUACAUUUGCCCUUCCAUGAGUCGGCCCAUACGAAGAUUAUCCCUGAAUCGAGGCUUGGUAGGGGUACAACGGAAGACGUUGAUAUCUGGAACAAGUUCAAAUGGCCGGAUCACAAGGAGUACACAACGAAGGUAACGGAAAAUUUCCCCAAUUCCGUAACUAUCCUUUGGGACGAGUUACCCUUGAACGAUGAAAAAACUCUUCAUUUCAAUCUAUCCCCGGACGGUACCCCCGUAGAAACCAAUAAAACGAACGAGGAGGAUACGGACAUCCUGCAGAAAUUCAACUGGCCCGAACAUAAGGAGUACCUCGAAGGAGGAGGCACAACGAAAGGACCUGCAAUCAUGGAGACCGCCCUGUGGGAUACUCUCCACUUACCAUUCCCUGAAACAGGGCAUUUGGAAAUAUUGAACAUUUCAGGCCUCGUUGGUGGAAGCAAGGCUGAAGAUUUAGAAACUACCACCACUAUACCCGAGCUAGAACCGAUCGAUACAACCACGAAAGGUUCAGAUCUCGUGAAAGAACCCAGGCACACCACGAAAAUAAUAGAGCAUAAAGUCGACCUACAAGAAUUGACGAGCAGGACCUACGUCCUGGAGGGCACCGAUGUUAAGACCACCACAGAUAUAUGGGAGGCCUUCCAAUGGCCUUCCCCACGAACAUUGCCAAAGGACGAUUUGUCGGGUACUCCGGAUCAAGGACUAGGAUUGAAGGAGGUGCCUGGUUCCGAAGAUCAACUGGAGGCACCAUCGAAACCGAUCGAUCUUGAUACCAACAUAACCGAUAUCUCCAUUCCAGAGGUGCCUGUUCCACCUUUCCCUCCUUCAGACGAUUACGAGGAAUACCUCCUGUUCCCGACCCCUUCGGUUCAUGGGGAAUCCAAAACCAGCGAGGACUGGUUCAAUUUACCUCUCUCGCCCGAUAAAGGGACUUCUGAACGCCUUCUGAACCUGGACGUGUUCACGACGGGGCAUAAGAGACCCUUCUGGGACCACGUGGAUAAGAAGAUACAUCAUCCGAAGACGACGACAACAACCACCGAAGGAUUUCCCUCUAAACAAACUCCACGACCUACUAAGUCUACCACCGUUGGUGAAAGAUUGGAGCUAAUCGAAGAGAUUCAUCCCGACAAACAUCCUGAAGCUCACACCGAACCUUCUCUACGUGGUCCUAUUAAGGUAGCGCAAGAAAGGACCUUUCAUACUCCAGUUAGGGAAAGCGAGGAUGAUGACAACCUGUGGGAUUUCCGAGUGCUAAACGAAGAUGAGGUGGUGACUUUUCGUCCUAAGACCAAGCCACCCACGCAGAAGAGGACGACUAUCUAUAGUUUCAAGCCGAUAGGAACUACUCCGGAUGACUGGGAAGUGUUCAACGAACCUCCCAAAGAAGAGGUUACGAAAUCUCUUAGGGGUACCACAGUGGCCGAGGAAAAGAAAACAACCUUCUACGUCGUGAUGACAGAGCCCACGGAGUCCGUAGAACCCUUCGAAAUCAUCAGCGAAACGGAGAAGGCCUUCACCUUCGAGCCUCCCCCUCCCAUGGCACCUCCAGGAGCCGUAGAAUCCUCCACAGAGUACUACGACGACGAGGAGGACAAGGAGGCCAUCUCCAAGGACUACGAAGUCUUCCUUCCGGCUAAGACCGAACUGGGUCCCCAGGAGGAGGUCGAAGAGACCACCAAGGUGACCUUCAAGCCUCCGCUCGGCGAGGUCGAGGACUUCGAGACGGUGACCUUCAAGGUCACUGAGAUCGCCGUACGAUCUUCGGGGGCUCCUCCGGCUCCCGAGCUGGUGGAGAUCCGACGAGGAAGGACGGAGGAGAACGUGGAGCUGGUGACAUUCAGGCCGUUUGAGUCCUACCCGACUGGGGGCGUUCGACAGGAGUUCAAAUCGGUGGAGAAGGUGAUCGAAGACUUGAAGGACCAGAACGGAAGGCCGGGUCUGAUCGAUUCCCUAUCGCUGGAGACUGCGACGUUCAGGCAGUCUAAGCCUUCUGUGGAGGGAGAGAAGUUUGGUGAACUUCCUUCUCUGGCAGAGGAAGAGACAGUAUCUCCGUUGACGGUGAUUGACUUCUGGAAAGGCGAUAAAGAAAACAUCCUGCAAGCCCUGUCCGAAGCACCCCACCUGGACGUCACAAUCUUGGAGAGGACGGGCGAACGUACCACCAGGAUCAUAGAGGGCGACAGAAUGAUCACGGAACCCUACGACCAUCGCUCCAUGUCCAUACCCUUCAACGAACGCCUUGGAGGGUCCUCGGAUAUUCUUUACCACAUAAACAGGCCCUACGAUCCGAACGAGGAGGCGAGGCGUCCACCUCUGUCUGAACUGGCCGCCGACUUCUUCAGGGAGCAAAACGUGCUAGGGAAGAUCAGAGAUCCGUACUCGGUACUGGAACGACCCGAGUCCGUCGAAGAAGCCGAACUGGCCAGGUUGGGCGAGGAAGGUCUGAAGUCGCCGUUCACCGAGGAGAACCCGGAGGGGGACAUAGAUACCGCCCUGGGGGAGCCCGAGCGUCUAGUUUAACCCGGUUUUUUCGGAAGAACCCGGAGAGGCGGUUGAUCCGGAGUCCAGGGAGAAGACCAAGCACCUUCUGGAGUCACUGGAGAAGCCGUCGCUGCUGGAGGAGAUGAA